AUGGAUAAUUACCGUACCUUAAAAGAGUUGGGUGAUGGCUCUUCUGGGAUAGUUAUGCAAGCCCAGCAUAGACAAACGGCCAAAGUGAAAUUUCCAGUAAAGGUGGCAAUAAAAAGAAUGAAAAAGAAGUUUUCUUCGUGGAAAAAAGUAUGUGAAUUGGAUGAAUUUAAGACGCUUCGAUUCUUGCCCCCACAUCAAAACGUAAUUUCACUACUAGAG